AUGUUGAACAAGAUGUUGCUCCUUGUCAUUGUUGCCUCUUUUGUCGCUGUGUCACAGGCUCAAGAAUUCGGCGCCUUUGGAUGCCCGACCGUUUCUACAAAAGACAAUUUUAACCUCACCAGGUAUCUAGGAACAUGGUAUGAAAUUUACAAAUUCAAAGCCAACUUCGAAAACAACGAAAAAUGUAUUCAGGCAAACUACCAGUUGAAACCUGAUGGCCACAUUCGUGUGAAUAAUACUGGAGUUUCAAUAAGUGAUGGAAGUCCAAGCACGGCCAUUGGCGACAUCUACAUUCCUGAUCCUAGUGUUGGAUCCAGGCUUAAAGUUAAAUUUGCUUCUGCUGCUCCAUAUGGAAAUUACUGGGUAUUGGACACAGAUUAUGAAAACUACACACUGAUUUACUCCUGCACAAGCAUCCUCGGGAUCAGCCAUUUUGAAUUUGGAUGGAUUCUGGCGCGAUCAAGAACACUUCCAGAUUCAACUAUACAAAAACUUUUUGGAAUCAUGAAUGGAUACAAAAUUAAUACACAUCAUUUUAUGAAGACUGAUCAAAGUGGUUGCUAAUUAUUGUAUGUAUUAUUGUUGUUUUCAUUUGAAUGUAACUCAAAUUCUUUAAAAGCCUCAUUGUUUCUUUUCCAUUAACUUUGCCAAAAAAGAUGCCAUUUCUCAGAAAGAAUAUUUUUGUUGCAAUAGCCUAUGUCAUGUUAUAAAAGUGGUUGUUGUUUUGUAGGUGCAUAUACAUGUAUACCUUUAGUGCACGGAAUUCUCAAUUUUAAUUUUAUACUUGUUCAAAAUCAAAGAUAUGUACCAGUAUACCUGUAAAAAUCUAAAAAAAAAAAUUUUGCUGUUGAAGCAAUUAUUUUAUAAAAUGUGGCUGUAGUUUGGAUUAUUGCUAAAUUUCUUUUAAGAUGUAUUAUCUUUAAAUGUUAUAUAUGUUUUUGUUCAUAAUCGUUUAAUUGUUCUUUGUUAUCUAAUACUUUUAUGAACAAAUAAAUCAUGAAAUACUUAUCUAUAGUUCGUGCUUUUCUGGAUCGCAAACUGUUUAACAACGUGUUCUGGGCUACCUCAGUACUCCGUAUAUGUCCACAUGCAAACUCUUUGCAGGAUGAAACGAAUUUUCUGCCAUUGGUUAACC